UAAAGAAAUGAAAAAUGCAGAAUUCUAAGGCUAAAUAGCUAGAAAAUAUUUACUCAGACUUGAAUAUUCUUCAAAGAGAGUGUGGAGCCAUUAUAAUUAUCGGAGGAAGAAGCAUCACAGGAAAAUAAAAGCCAAAUGUUUUCUUCAGGAGUCCUCCUUUUGACUGCUUUGAUUUCAACUGUGCUGGCUGGGCCGUGGGCUAAUCUAUGUGCUGGCAAGUCUUCCAAUGAGAUCAGGACGUGUGACAGCCAUGGCUGUGGCCAGUACACUGCCCAGAGAAAUCAUAGGCCUCACCAGGGUGUGGACGUCUUGUGCUCUGAUGGAUCUACUGUGUAUGCACCUUUCAGUGGAAUGAUUGUGGGCCAGGAGAAACCUUAUAAAAACAAAAAUGCCAUCAAUAAUGGUGUUCGGAUAUCUGGAAGAGGUUUCUGUAUUAAAAUGUUCUACAUUAAGCCAAUUAAAUAUAAAGGUUCUAUCAAGAAGGGAGAAAAACUGGGAAUUCUGUUGCCCUUGCAGAAAGUUUAUCCUGGCAUACAAUCCCACAUACACAUUGAAAACUGUGACCGGAGUGAUCCCACCGUGUACCUAUAAAUGGAAGACAGAUGACCAGAUC